CAUUUUAUCUAUUUCCUGUCCCAUUUUAUCUAUUUCCUGUUGUCUGUCAGAUACUCCUUCCAUUUUCGUUCUCUAUUCACGAUCCUGGUGCUACUUGACUUGAGAAUGGGUGGUUACAGUAGUACGAUCCUGGCGUCUCUUGUUGAGGAAGAUGGGUGGUUGAGUAGCCAUGAAUUCCUACUUUAAUUAUUCUGUCACAUUUUAUCUAUUUUCUGUUGUCUGUCAGAUACUCCUUCCAAUUUCAUUCUCUAUUCACGAGCCUGGUGCUACUUGAGAAUGGGUGGUUACAGUAGUACGAUCCUGGCGUCUCUUGUUGAGGAAGAUGGGUGGUUGAGUAGCCAUGAAUUCCUACUCUGAUUCUUCUGUCCCAUUUUAUCUAUUUCCUGUUGUCUGUCAGAUACUCCUACCAAUUUCGUUCUCUAUUCACGAUCCUGGUGCUACUUGACCUGAGAAUGGGUGGUUACAGUAGUACGAUCCUGGCGUCUCUUGUUGAGGAAGAUGGGUGGUUGAGUAGCCAUGAAUUCCUACUUUAAUUAUUCUGUCACAUUUUAUCUAUUUUCUGUUGUCUGUCAGAUACUCCUUCCAAUUUCGUUCUCUAUUCACGAUCCUGGUGCUACUUGACUUGAGAAUGGGUGGUUACAGUAGUACGAUCCUGGCGUCUCUUGUUGAGGAAGAUGGGUGGUUGAGUAGCCAUGAAUUCCUACUCUGAUUCUUCUGUCACAUUUUAUCUAUUUCCUGUUGUCUGUCAGAUACUCCUACCAAUUUCGUACUCUAUUCACGAUCCCGGUGCUACUUGACUUGAGAAUGGGUGGUUACAGUAGUACGAUCCUGGCGUCUCUUGUUGAGGAAGAUGGGUGGUUGAGUAGCCAUGAAUUCCUAGUUUAAUUUUUCUGCUACAGUUUUAUUAAUGUUUGUCGUCUGUCACAAAAUGCCCCUUUAUCUUGAGAUUUGUUUUUGUCAAUAUUUUUCUAUGAUCUUGGUACAUGUAUCUUCAGUGGUUCUCAACGUAGUUGUUAAAUGACCAAAAUCAAUUCCAUCCUUACAUUCUCCUUUCUUUCUGUUUUCUUUGAGGAUAUUUGGUAUGAUGAAACUGAUUCAGCUCGUGGAUAUUUGAGCUCGAAGCUUAACACCAUGCGGAGGUCUCUACCUCGUGAACAACAGCGAAGGCCAAGGACAGGAAAAUAUUCAGGGCUGCAGGUGAAAGCUUUCAAGAAAGAACUGAAGCGCACAUUUCAACAAAUGGAAGAGGUGACCUCAGAAGAGGAGGAUGAAAUUGUCAACUUCUGCAAAAGGGCAACUGCAGAGAGCAGUGCAGAGGUCCUGGAGGGCAUGGGCAGGACGUUCCAAAACAGACGAAAUUGGAUCUCUGAGAAAUUGCCGAAAGUCACUGACAUCCUUGAGCGAUACCCAAGAUUUCGAGAUACACCGACAGUUAUACAGCAAGAAUUCAAGCUGUUGUUACCAGAGGCCACUGCCAAACUUAUCAGCAAGUGGGAGACAAGAUUUGUGGAGAGCAUCCUACACAUUUGCAAAAUGUCCAGGCUGCCGAAGAUACAAGCAUUGAUGAAGGACUUGUAUCAUCCAUCUUCUGAGUUAGGUGACCAGUAUGAACCUUCUGAGGGAGAGUAAUCACUCUAUGCAUUCAUGGGGGCUGUGUACCUACUUCCAUCUAACGCUGCAAAGAGGACGUCCUUGGCAGAUGCAGUGCAGUACUUCCUGGUUACAAGACCGCUUGGCACCAGCGUAGAAGCUUUCAUCAAAGAGCAGCGAAAGGAUGCAAAGUGAAGCGAAGCCAGCCAUACCUGCUGGGGCUAGGGACUCGUCGCCUGCCAGUGCAGUACUUUGUCGUCAUCGAUGAGCAAGCAAUCCCCUGCCCUGGAGAUAUCACUUCAUCGGUGGAUGUUCUUUUCAAGCUGCACUACGUGUUCAACAUUCAUUACGCAACUGAACUGCAAGCAUUCUAUAAGUUUCUGGAACACUUUGUGUAUGAAGUUGGCCAUCCAAGGGAUGUUAUCCCAGCACGGGCCAAGGAGUUGAUGUCGAGUAUCACUGCUAUUAGCAGCAAGUAAUAUGUUAUGAGAAGCUGGCCGUCACGGUUAUAGGCGUCACUACAAUUAUAGUCUGAAGGCUUCUGAUCAAACUAUAGUAGAGGUGGGCUAUAGAAGUUGACCUCUUCUAGACACACUCAUCACACCUUAGUUUGAUGAGUUUAAGUGUACUGACACAUUGGAAGAAUUUUUUUUUUUUUAAUUUAGAAUCCAGGGUGCCCCGUCCAAAAACGUGAAAAAUCCAAGAUGGUCGCCAUUUUAGCCUUGAAAAUGCACUUUUGCCAUAUCUUUGUCUUUUAUAAAUAUUUGUUCAUGAUUUGGGUGUCUAUAACUUUAGGUUUUAUAGGUCAAGGAAUCAGACUAGACUGUUAACAUUUAAAAAUACCAAAUUUAUCUAUGCAUGCUAUUUAACCCUAUUUAGACUUGGGGGGGGGGGGGCUAAUACAGCCCCCUCCCCCUCAACGUUUUGCAUGAUAAGUCCGCCGUGCGAUAUUUUUUUGUCCACACCGUACACUGACUUUAUACUUCUAAGUCUCGCGUAACUUUUCAGACGAAAUUUGUCACGUCCACACGUACAGAUUUUAAGCCAUGCCCCUAUGAACAAAAUUUUGUCAUGCCCCAAAUUGCUCAAAUACAUGAUUCUGUGUACAAAGUCAAUACAAAUUGAGUUUUCUCAUCACAAUUAGAAAUGUUUGAUUAUUUCUAAUUUAUUUGGUAAUACCUAAUAUGACUAUUGUAACUCGUAGAUUGCUAUUUUUGGGGGAAAUAUUCUUUAUAGCAUUUCUAACAAUUCUACUUGACAAAAAAUUUGGUACCAUGUUUAAUUUCUUAAAUAUAUUUUAUUGUUUUAACUUUAUUAUAUCAAUUUCUUAUAUUUCUUUUUUUUUUCAACUAUGUUAGUUGUUUUUUAGCUACAUAUUUCAAAUAACAUUUCUGAAGCAUAAUUAUGCUGAAAAAAAAAAUUAUUCAGCCAGUUAAAAUUGAAAAUAAUCAAACAUGAUCUGUUAGUUUUUUUAUUGACUAAGUACACAAAAUAAUGUAUUUGAGCAAUUUUGGGCGUGUACAUUUUUUGUCUCGCCUGCAUAGCAGAGUGAGACUAUAGGCGCUGCUUUUCCGACGGCGGCGGCGUCAACACCAAAUCUUAACCUGAGGUUAAGUUUUUGAAAUGACAGCAUAACUUAAUAUGUAUAUGGACCUAGUUCAUGAAACUUGGCCAUAAGGUUAAUCAAGUAUUACUGAACAUCCUGCAUGAGUUUCACGUCACAUGACCAAGGUCAAUGGUCAUUUAGGGUCAAUGAACUUAGACCAUGUUGGGGCAAUCAAAAUCUUAACCUAAGGUUAAGUUUUUGAAAUGUCAUCAUAACUUAGAAAAUAUAUGGACCUAGUUCAUUAAACUUAUACAUAAGGUUAAUCAAGUAUCACUGAACAUCCUGCAUGAGUUUCACGUCACAUGACCAAGGUCAAUGGUCAUUUAGGGUCAAUGAACUUUGGCCGAAUUGGGGGUAUCUGUAGAUUUACCAUCAUAACUUUAAAAGUUUAUGGAUCUGAUUCAUGAAACUUAGACAUAAUAGUAAUCAAGUUUUACUGAACAUCCUGUGCAAGUUUCAGGUCACAUGAUCAAGUUCAAAGGUCAUUUAGGGUCAAUGAACUUUGGUCAAAUUGGGGUAUUUGUUGAAUUACCGCCAUAACUUUGAAAGUGUGUUGGUCUAGUUCAUAAAACUUGGAGAUAAGAGUAAUCAAGUAUCACUGAACAUUCUUUGCGCAUUUUAGGUCACAUGAUCAAGGUCAAAGGUCAAUGAACUUUGGCCAUAAUGGGGGUAUCUGUUGAAUUACCAUCAUAACUUGGAAAGUUGAUGGAUCUUUCUCUUGAAACUUGGACAUAAGAGUAAUCAAGUAUCACUGAACAUCCUGUGCGAGUUUCAGGUCACAUGAUCAAGGUCAAAGGUCAUGUAAGGUCAAUGAACUUUGGCCACGUUGGGGGUAUUUGUUGAAUUACCAUCAUAUCUCUAUAAGUGUAUGGGUCUAGUUCAUAAAACGUAGAAAUAAGAGUAACCAAGUAUCACUGAACAUCUUGUGCGAGUUAUAGUAGUUUUCAAAAUCAGCACUGCUGCUAUAUUGAAUCGCGUGAUGCAGGUGAGACGGCCAGAGGCAUUCCACUUGUUUAAAAGGGGUGUGGCUUCAAAAUCGUUUUUGCGGGCAUGACAAAUUUAGUCUCGAAAAUUGCUUGAGACUUGAAAGUUAAAAUUCAGGGGACAGCGUGGACAAAAAAUUUUGCAUGACGGACAUGACGGACCCCCGGUUUAUACAGGGUUAAAUUAAGCAUAUAGAUAAUGUUGUAUUUCUUAAAUAGUAACAGUCUAGUCAGAUUCCUUGAUCCAUAAAACCUCGAAUUAGACAAGAAAAUCCUGAAAAAAUAUUUAAAAAUGACAAAGAUAUGGCAAUUUUUUUAAUUGAUUUUCAAGGCUAUAAUGGCGGCCAUCUUGGAUCGAUUACAUUUUUGGCCCGGGCACCCUGGAUUUCCAACUUUUUAUUUUUCAAAUAAGUUGUCGGUACACUUAGACUCGUCAAAAUAAGGUGUGAUUAGUGUGUCUCGGAGAUGUGCCCAAAAUUUUGCCCUCUAUAGCCCACCCCUAUUUUGAAUAUGGGCAUUGUUGUGCUUUGAAUGAUGAGGAUUGUAUUUCCAUUAGAAACAAUUUGACAAGUCACAUCUGAUAUAAAUAAUGCACAAAUGGACUCAUUUGAUAAUUUUUACAGGUGCAUUCAGACUCAAAUUAGGAAGUGAAUUAUUCAUUGUCUGAAUUUAAACUACUUAUUUGAAUUGUAUUUCCAUUAUAAAUAGAGACAAUUUGACAAGUCACAUCUGAUGUAAAUAAUGCACAAAUGGACUCAUUUGAUAUUUUUACAUUUGCAUUCGGACUCAAAUUAUGAAGUGAACUAUUUUGUCGUCUGAAUGUAGACUACUUAUUCUAUGUUCAUAAUUGUGUGUCAUUUGAUAAUUAUUGAAAACUGGUGUUUGAAAUAUCAGUUGGAAAGUAAUUCUCUCUACAUAAUAUCUUAAUUUGACAACUAUAGUCAGUCAUAAUUUUAUUAUAUGUGAAGUGACCCUGCAUGUGCGUUGAUGUCAUCGUAACACCAUCGUAGAGGUCAGCGCCAGUGCCUUAAUUCCAUGAGUUGUUGAUCUGCAACUUGCGCAUCUCUGACAACUCUGUUUUUGCAUAUUCCUAUAACCUUUGAGAGAGGGCGCUAUGUUAUGACAUCACAUGCAUAUGGUCUAUUUCGAAGUCGGCCAGUGACUAUAUGCCAUAUGGACAUGAUUAUUCCAAUUAAUUAGAUUGUAUUGUAACUUGAAAAUCUAUUUGCAUACAUGUAUUACCAUGUCAACAUUGUCAUGUUCUUUUUAUAGGUACUGUUGCUCUUUAAAUGAUGAGAAUUGACAUGUUCCCUUAUAAUUAACAAGGUUUAUUAUGUGUGUUAUUACUGUUAACCAAAGUUCAAUUUGAUAUUUUUUUCAAAUGAUACGUAGAACAUGUAAUUUUAGGUUGAAUGUUUACCAACAAUUAUGGAAAGCAUGUUAAUACUUCAUAGUUAAAUGAUCUGCAUAUUAGGACUUAAUGAAUUUAAACGUGUUUCGAUAUUAUCUGCAUUUGAAGAGAUAUUUGUGUGUGAAAAUCAUAGCUAGAAUAAUACUAUAGAUGGAGACCAUUUAACAACAUACAUCUGUUAUUUGUACAGGCACAUAAACGGACUUAGAAAUUCUGUAAUGAUUUUUCUUUUUAGGCUCUUCUUUUUUUCUAUUCAACAGUGUCUAAUUUGUACAGCAGUAUAGUAGAAAUCAUGAUUCUCUUUUUUUUUCUUAUAAGGUUUGUCAUUUCCAAAUUUGAAUUUUCCGUAUCAGGAUGUUCACAGUUGAGUGUCCCCGCCAAAUGAGGGGAUACUAUGAAACAUGUUCCGUGCCUAUCUGUGUGUCCGUCCGUCAGGCGAAAUUU